ACACAUUCUGUGCUCCUAAUAAAAUCCCUACUAUUUUCGCUAAGAAUUUCAAAAUAAGAAGCCAAAAAAUAAUAAAAUAUCAAUGAAUUAAUUUUAAAUAGUUAAAAUUUAUAACAAUUAAAAUAAAUUAACGCUUGUUAACAAUAAAUAAUAUUUUUAUUUUUUAUUUUUAUUGAUAAAUUAUUUAUUAAAUUAAACAAUUAAUAUUUUUAUUGUUCAGUUAAAAAUAUUAUACAUUUAAUUUAAAAAAAAAUGCUCCAUUAUUAUUAUUAAAAUGCUGGAUGUGUAAGGUUAAGUUUGACAAAAUAAAAUACAUAACAUUUGUUUAUAAUUAGGCAAUAUAAAUUGUUUAUAAACAGUUUGCCAACAAUAUAAUUAUUUAUGACGACAGUCGUGGAUAUUCCAUCGACAAUAAUCUAAUUGACCUCUUGUCCUGUUUGUUGAUAACACAAAUAUAAGUUUAUCAACAUAAAAGUAUCCAACAAUUUAAGAUAGUAGCAAUUAUUUAUCAACAACUUGUUCACUUAGUUUGUCAUAAUAAUUGUUGUCAAGAUGUUGAGAAAUAUUGCUCGUCUUGGUGUUAAUAAUUAUUGUGCUGCUGUCAAUGGAACAAAAAUUUUUUCAGCAUCAUACUCAGAAAAGUCAUCUGGAAAUAAAGAUGAUGAUGAAAAUUAUUGGAAACAAUUGCCAGAACCUGAAAAUCCAGUUUCAAGAACAGUUGAACUGUUUAGACGACAAACAAGAGAUCUUAAACAAAAAUUUAUGUUUUGGAAAGAGCCAGGAACAUUUCAAGAUGAAUGGGUUAUUGAUUCAACAACAUAUCCUUAUCAUGCUGAUAUUGUUAUAAUUGGUGGUGCUGCAAUAGGUAGUUCAAUUGCAUACUGGAUUAAAAAAAUUGCUGGUGAAGGUUUAAGUGUUCUUGUCAUUGAAAAAGAUCCAUCAUAUAAUAAAGCAUCAACUGUUUUGUCUGUUGGUGGCUUGAGACAACAAUUUUCAAUGGAAGAAAAUAUUGAAAUGUCAUUAUUUUCUGCUGAUUUUAUAAGAAAUGCACAAGAACAUUUGGGUAUUGAAGGUGAACAACCAAUUGAUGUACAAUUUCGUCCAUAUGGUUAUUUAUAUCUUGCUAGUGAAGCAGGAGCUCAACAAUUAACUGAAAAUUCAAAAUUACAAAAUAAAUUAGGAGCUAGAAAUAUAUUAUUAACAGCAAAACAAAUAAAUGAAAGAUUUCCAUGGAUAAAUACAAAUGGCAUUGAACUUGGUUGUCUUGGUAUGGAAAAAGAAGGAUGGUUUGAUCCAUGGGCAUUAUUAAAUGGUUUUAAAAGAAAAGCUAUUCAAUUAGGUGCACAAUAUCAUACUGGUGAAGUUAAAUCAUUUACAUUUCAUAAUACUAGUAAUAUUAUUUAUGAAGGAAAAGGUCCAGAAACAUGGACUGGAACAAAUCACAUAAUUGUUAAAUCACCUUCUGGUGAAAAACAAGUAAUUGAAUUUGCAAUUUGUGUUAUUGCUGCUGGUGCAGAAAGUGGUAAUAUAGCUAGACUUGCUAAAAUUGGAAAUGGUCCAGGAGUAUUGAGUGUACCAUUGCCAGUUGUACCAAGAAAAAGAUUUGUAUACUGUUAUGAUGCACCAGAUGGACCAGCUCUUAAUACACCAAUGGUUAUUGAUCCAACAGGAGCAUACUUUAGAAGAGAAGGUCUUGCUGGUACUUUUUUAGCUGGUAAAUCACCAGAUAAUUUUGAUGAAGAACCAUCAAUUGAUAAUCUUGAUGUUGAUGAUGAUUAUUUUAAUAAUAAAAUUUGGCCAAUAAUUGCAAAUCGUGUACCAUCAUUUGAAAAUAUAAAACUAAAAUCAUCAUGGGCUGGAUAUUAUGAUUAUAAUUAUUUUGAUGAAAAUGGAAUUAUUGGACAACAUCCAUUACAAGAUAAUGUUAUGUUUGCAACUGGUUUUAGUGGACAUGGUAUACAACAAGCACCAGCUGUUGGACGUGCUGUUAUGGAACGUAUUCUUCAUUGUGAUUAUCGUACAAUUGAUCUGACAAGACUUGGCUUUGACAGGUUCAUUACUCUUGAAAAAAUGAAAGAAAAAAAUAUCAUUUAAUUAAUCAUUAAGUAGCAAAUAAAAAAAUUAAAAACAAUUUUGUAUAUAAAUAAUUAAUAAAAAUUCUUUUUCAAGCAA